AUGGGUAGUCGCGUUUCUUCUUCAAAAAUAUCAUCAUCCGAUGGUUCCGUUCCGAAUACGUUAUUGGAAACAACCAAUGCAAUACAGAAGGAUCAUCGUGUUGUAGAUCCAACUACAGUCUUGAAAAUUAAAGAAGAUAUUCUGCGCCAUGCAAAGCGAUACUCACAUCGAGAAUUUAUGGAAUUGCGGAAUUUUGAAAAAUCUCUUGAACCUGUGGAUUUUACAACGGCAUUGAAGAAUACCAAUAAGAAUAGAUAUGGAAAUGUAUUGGCGAAUGAAAGCACAAGAGUCAUUUUGGAAAAUGAUCCAGAAUAUUAUGUAAAUGCAAACAAUAUUCAAAUUGGAAAUGAAAUUUUGUAUAUUGCUGGACAAGGACCUCUUCCACAAACAAUUUAUGAUUUUUGGCGAACGAUUAUCGAAAAGAAUGUUUCUGUCAUUCUCAUGCUCAGCAACCUCAUUGAGCAGUCAAGGCCAAAAUGUGCUCAAUACUGGCCAGAUCAAACAGGCAUUCACACACAAACAGAUAUCAAUCAGAAAGAACAACGAGACAUUCUAAUACAAAAUAUUAAGGAAGAAUUUGUUGAUAAUGAAGAAAUUAUUCACAGGUUGUUGGAUGUACAAUUUAGAGAAGACCAAGUUCAUAGAGUGCAUUUAAUUCAUUUUACAGCAUGGCCUGAUUUUGGAGUACCAGAUUUGACCUCAUUUCAUCAUGUGGUGCGACACGUCAAUUCGGUGAACACUCAAGGAUCACCUAUUUUUGUUCACUGCUCAGCGGGUAUUGGAAGAACAGGAACUUUUUGUCUUGUUGAUUCAAUUUUGAAAGAUUUCUACAAAACACAUUCCUUAAACCCAACACAAAUUAUGGAGAGAGCCAUGUCCUUAAAAAAACAAAGAUAUGGUAUGAUUCAAACUGCAGAGCAAUAUGACUUUGCGUAUCGUUCCAUUGCUACCAUCAUUGGUAAUCUCGCUCACCAAUAA